GUUGUGUCUGCUGUUGGAAUCAGGAGAAAGCUGAAGCAUAGUGAGGAUAUGAAGCAGUUGCUAACUUUGCAUGUUCUCGUGUAAGUUCACUCGCGGCUCGUUGAGCUGCUCGGACAUUUGUCAGCGUUACAAGUGGCGGACCGGCUCCUCGCCGUUUUGGCGGAGGGAGUGUGAGGGGCGGCCUGUGCUCCAGUCAUGACCUCUGGGAAUGGGAACACUAACAGCAACAGCAGCCAACACAAUGGAGAGAGCAAAACGGCCCAGGCUUUAGUCAAGUCCCACAUCCUCACCCAUCUGAUAGAAGGCUUCGUUAUCCAGGAGGGGGCUGAGCCUUUCCCCGUGGAACGUCCAUCUUUCUCCAUCGAGAGCCUUAGGAGACACACUGCAGACUCAAAGAUGGACGGCCUCUCAGCAAAAGAGCUAAAGGCCCAGAAGGAACCCAUGCUGACCUGUGAGCUGUGUGGGAAGGUGGACUUCGCCUAUGUCUUCAAAAGGUCCAAGAGGUUCUGUUCUACAGUGUGCGCCAAACGGUAAGGCAAGAGAGUGAAGACAUUACUCUUGGUUUUCUUCAUUUCUACAAUUCACCCUGGAAUGUGUGUGUCCGGUAUCUCAAUAGAGUGACAUGUGUAGUAUGAGAGGAAUUAGCAAAAACAUAAUGUGCACUACAGUGUACAAAAAUGAAUUGCUGGGUCUCAAGAGAGCAUUUUCUGGUAAUUCAAUGUUUAAAAGUCUAUAUGAAAUGACCACAUUGUUAUUUUGUAUAAAUUAAAUACUUGACAAAUGAAAAGUUUUUGCUCAUUUACUUAAAACUUUAUCAAAAUCAUCAUAUUUUCUGAGACAUUUGAGUUACAAUAUGCUUGUUAUUAUGAGUUUAGACGACGUACCUGUGUAUCACGAUAUCUUGAUGUAUGAUUUCAUCCUUCGAAAGAUGAUAAAUGCUAGUAUUGAAUUCACCCAGCCCUACAAAUACACUAUGUAAACUAAUAACACUCCAGUAACUGGUUUCCAAAUUGGCAUAUUUAUUAGAUAAUAAUAAAAGUAUAAAAAAAUCCUAAUAGGAAUAUGUGAACCCCAUCACCAAUGACCUCUAAAUAGCUUUUACAAGUCAGAAUGAGCAGAAAGUGUAGUUAGUGGCUACUGAAGCUCAUCACUACACAAGCUGAACCUUUCAGAGUAACUCGGAUGAAGCCAGAUGGCAAACACAGAGACCCUUACAGGGUUCCAGCUGAGGGCCUGUCACUGAGGCCAUUUAUGUCUCAGCAAUAAGAAGAAUGUAGGGCCAACAUGGUGAUCAUUGAAGGUCCCCAUGGAGGAAAGCACGGUCCUCUCCUAAAAUACAUCUGUCAUUUUCACUCACAUGUUCAGCGUAAUGCUGCACUGACUGUGGGAAAGGAGAGCAGCUUUGAACAGCAGCAGGCCUGUUACUGGUGCUGCAAAAUAAUACAGAUAAGAGUCAUGACGUAUGGAAUGAUCUGUAUGCAAACUGGUGAGGGUCCAGGCUGGCUGGGAUGUUGUUUUUGACAUGCUGGAGAACAGAAUGGGGGUGAGUUCCACAGGGCGAUAGUCCUUUAGACUGGACACUGCAGACCUUUUAGCUGUAGGGACGAUGGUGGCUGUCUUGAAGCAGGUGGAACUCUCUCCUGUGACAGUGGUUUGGCAGUUUUUGACUGUGGACCUGUGCUUUGGCAUUGACGGAGGUACAGACCUGUACACAAUUGUAGUGGCCAUUUGUCGACUUAAUCAAACUUAAACAAACAAUAAUCAAACGCCACUGAUGCACCGUGGUCGGUAUUCUUACGCAGCCAGAAGAGAGUGGAUUGUCCAUGCAGGAUUCCGAUUUUCGUGUUUAUUAAAUAAAGCAAACAAAACAAGCAAACAAACGAACUAACAAAACUCCUGUCAGUGCUGUCUCUCCUGUCCUGUGCAGUGCAGGUAAAAACUAUAAGCCCACCCCGGUG